AUGGAACCAGUGAACUUUCCUCCCAUAUCUCCACGGAGCAAGCUCGACAAGGGCAAGGGCAAAGCUAAAUUGGUCGUCCUUCCUGAUCUCCCGGAGGAAGUAUGGAGGCGCAUCUUUUUCAUCCACUAUGAGGGGGUUUAUCAAGAAUGGAGAAACACAGAUUGUCUACAAGAAGCCUUGAAUCCACUUCUCCUCAGUUCAGAGCACUACCAAAUUGCUUUACCUAUCCUAUAUUCUCAUCCUCUACUCAGCUAUACCACCAUAUCCUCCUUCGCCCGAUCACUUGUCCACCCCCCUCGGUAUAUCACCAGUCAAACGAAGAUCUCUCUGGUUCAAAAUCUCACUGUCCGUCCUUCCCCUGUAUUACACGGAUACGAAGCUGGAAGAAGAUCAAAUCGACCAAAUUUAUCAAUGGGCGCCAUACAUCGUCAAUUCCCAGAAAUCCUCAGUCUUUUCUCGAUACUCGAAUCAUUUACCUUAUGCGACGCACUGAUACUCUGUCAAUGUGAUGCUGAGGUUUUAUUCGAAGCUCUGCAAUACAUCGCUCCUCGCAAAGUACGGUUGGAAUUCAGGAUGUGGGACUUACACGAUUCUACUUUAGGUCAAGAGCUUUUGUCAUUCACAAGACCAGAUAUCGCUCCGAAUCAUCCGGAAUCGACGUUGGAAAGAGAUACGCAAUCCUCCAGAGAUUAUAAUCCCAUCAGAGAGUCAUGGAGGGAUGCGUUGCUCUCUCGGACCGAAUUCGAGUUACCCACCUGGUGGAUGCAAACGAACAACAUCACCCCCGCACAUCCACCCGCCCCGCAAUCAGUAAUGCAAAAUAUGGCGAACCUACAUGUCCUACCUCCGCUUCCGCCACCUCUCUAUCCUGCAAGGCUUUCAUCCGCUGGAACAUCGUCUGGAGAAUCGUCCCAACGGCUACAUUCUGGGCAGCAAUGGCAUCAUCCACCCGCCCGUGCAGGACUGGGCGCUUAUGUGAACUAUGCGGAUGAGAACGAGGCAAGAAAUGCGAGUGGGAAUACGCUGUCCGAUGGCAUAUCUGAAAGACCUACCAAGAGCAGUACAUCCUCGUCACGUCUUCCUUCAAGGCGUGAAUCAAACUUCCAUAGAUCCCAUGUUCAAGGUAGCAGGACGUUUCCUGCCUCCCCACUGUCUCAAGCCUCUACCGGUGCUCGAAAUUCAAGACCUCUGGACGCCCCAAAUUCACCUGCCUCUGACGAUGAUGAUAGUUCACUUGACGACGCCGAGGCAGAUGAUGACGCCGAUGACUCUUCCAGCAACUCUUCACAGGAAGAUAUAUUCGAGGAUGACACAUAUUCGAAGAGAGGCGACAUUUCAUCAAGGGGGGAGGACAUUUCCUCUUUGAACUUGGAGCCUUUGGAUGUUCUGACGAAUGACCAAAAAGAACGACUCGAUCAUCUUCCAUCGCCGGAUCGAGAAACUUUCCGACUGAACUCCAGUCAUGACGACCUGGAAGCUCCAGCCCUCGGUCAAAGAGGAAGAUUGUAUCGUAACUCCCCCGCCACGUCCACCGAGUCAUUAGUGACUUCUCAACACAAUGCGACCUCUACGAUUCCGCCUCCUCGUAUGCAUCAUCGACAUCAACCUCGCCUGCAUGAGUCAUCUCGAACGCACCUACGUUCGUCUCUCCUUAGCGCACCUGUAUCCACUGGUACACCCAUUACCAACCAAGUCCAAGUUGGUAAUCCCAAUCGACCACACGGUACACAUGUUCCCCGAGACGGCUCAGGCGAGGAAGGUGUAAGUUCUCACGUUUUGGCUCAUAGAAUACGAUUUCAAUUACACUAUUUGCUUCGAUCUUGGUGUCCGACUAUGGGUGCUCUAUCUUUAGUGGCAUAUGACCCACUCGCCAUGCUUAUUUUCCGCGCACCUCAUCUGGACUUUUUCACCACUAUACCCGUCCCGCACAUCCGUGUCUCACUUCCGCCUGCUUGUAGCUCUUUAGCCGUGUUCAAAGGUGUCAAAGAAGUCGUAAGAGAGAAACGAAGGCGAGAAGAGGGAGGGGAUGAAGUUGGAAGUGCACUUGCCAAAGAAGAAGAUAAGAUAGUAGGUGGUGAUGGAGAUGGUGGGGGUUUGUUACAUCCAGAAAUAAGAUUAUUCGAGAUUGAAGUGAAUGCGAAGGAAGAAAUGAUGGAUGAGGUUUGGAUGAGACAUGGGAAUCAAUUACCUCCACAAGCAUGUAGGAUUCUGGCUGGGUCAAAUGAUUGGAGGACUGUACAAGUCGGCGGAGAUAUGCGGUCCAUAGUUUCAUUCGAUAUCUGUCCUCGCUCACCUUCCAUCUCAACAUCGCAAUUCGACUCUCCAACAUUCACCUUCGAAUCGACGGAUGACGAUAUAUCCGAUGUGGGUGAUGAGAUGGGAGGUGGGGAGGAGAAGUCAAGUACCUACGAUGCCGCCGCAGCUCUGGCGCAGAAGGAACGAUUAUCGCAACAUCCUAAUGACCGCCCGGCAGCCGAGGAAGCAGUAGGGAUAACCAGACUUAAUUGCGGCCUGUUUUUCUUUGGGUCACCAGAGGUCGUAGGGUUGUUGAGUGAAGUCGCGGUGGCGGUACUGUUUCCGGAUCCGUUCGAGGUCGAGGGAUCCGCUGCUUUUGGCUCGCUUAGGAUGGUUUGGGCAGACGCGCUAUUGGUGGAGUCUGCUUUAGGAGCUCCGUGA